GAAUAACAACAGAAAUAAACCCGAUUACUCCUUAAACAUUUUCCCGAGAAAGUGACGGAGCCUCCCGUCAAAAACACAACUAAUUUUCUUUCCUUCCUUACUCGACACAUCAGAUGUGGUGGAGAUCAGCUUCUUUCAUUCUCGACAACCGUCACAACAACGCCGGCGUACAACCAAACGCAGAAACCCUAACACUCUGCUCUAACUCUUCCCCUCCCCUCUCCUCCAUGGCGGAUACUCUUCAAAACCCCAACCCUAACAACACCAACGCGAUGUCCGCUUAUUAUCAGACACGCGCCGCCCACCACGGCGUCGUCACGAGUGACUGGCUGGCGCAGGCGCAAGCUGCCGUUGGCAGCCAGCCGGAAGAUGCUUUGGUUCCGGAAAAUGACGUCAGAGCUGCGGAAAAGCCGUUUAGUGUGAUUGAUGAGUUUAAUAAUUGGCGGAAACAACCUGAUUUGGCGGAGGCAGUUGCCGCGAUUAGAGCGCUGGCUGCUGUUAUUAGAAACAGUGAAGCUACUACUAUGAUGGAGCUUGAAAUUGAGCUUAAAAAAGCCUCCGAUUCACUUAAAUCAUGGGAUACUACCUCUAUAUCUUUGACAGCCGGUUGUGAUUUGUUUACGCGGUAUGUAACGAGAACUUCGGCACUGGAGUAUGAGGAUUUCAAUUCGGCUAAGUCUCGUUUGAUUGAACGUGCGGAGAAGUUUGGAGAGAUAUCUUAUAAGGCUCGUAGAAUUAUUGCUGUGCUUAGUCAGGAUUUUAUUUUUGAUGGCUGUACUAUUUUGGUGCAUGGUUUCUCUAGAGUUGUGUUUGAAGUUCUGAAGACAGCUGCACAGAAUAAGAAGCUCUUUCGAGUGUUUUGCACAGAGGGAAGACCUGAUAGAACAGGAUUAAGGUUGUCCAAUGAGCUAGCCAAGCUUGAUGUACCUGUGAAACUUCUUAUAGACUCUGCUGUGGCCUAUACUAUGGAUGAAGUAGACAUGGUAUUUGUUGGAGCAGAUGGAGUUGUCGAGAGUGGCGGUAUAAUUAACAUGAUGGGAACAUACCAAAUUGCACUAGUGGCACACAGCAUGAACAAACCUGUAUAUGUGGCUGCCGAAAGUUAUAAGUUUGCCCGCCUUUAUCCAUUGGAUCAGAAAGACUUGGCUCCUGCCUUACGCCCAAUUGAUUUUGGUGUACCCAUUCCAUCAAAGGUGGAGGUCGAAACAUCAGCUAGGGAUUAUACCCCUCCUCGGUAUUUGACAUUACUCUUUACGGAUCUUGGUGUACUCACUCCAUCUGUUGUUAGUGAUGAAUUGAUUCAGCUAUACUUAUAGUUAUGUAAUAUUUUUGGUCUUCUGUUGAUAGAAACUCGUUACGUUACAGAGUUGAACAUGAUCGAUCACAUUGUAUUCGGUUGACAAUUUUGAACGCAAUGCAUAGUCUAGCGUGACUAGUGUUUGAGA